AGUAUACAUGGCAUGAUGGAAGAAGAAAAUUUUGUCAGACCUCAUCAAGAAAUGGCACAAUUAUCGUUGGAAGAAAAGAAAUUUUUAUUGGCUGUUGAACGUGGAGAUGUUGCAUCUACACGACGAAUGUUACAACGCGCACAAGAUACGGAUUAUAUAAAUAUAAAUUGCGUAGAUCCAUUAGGACGUUCCGCAUUACUAAUGGCAAUAGAUAAUGAAAAUUUAGAAAUGGUCGAUUUAUUAAUAUCACAUCGAGUAGAAACAAAAGAUGCAUUAUUACAUGCAAUUAGUGAACAGUUCGUGGAAGCUGUUGAAGUGUUAUUGGAUCAUGAAGAAUCCUUACAUAAACCUGGUGAACGUUAUAGUUGGGAAGCAUUACCGCCUGAAACCGCAACAUUUACACCAGACAUUACACCACUCAUCUUAUCUGCACAUCGUGAUAACUAUGAAAUUAUUAAAAUAUUAUUAGAUCGUGGAGCAACGUUACCAAUGCCUCACGAUGUUAGGUGUGGAUGUGAUGAUUGUGUUCAAUCAAGACUAAACGAUUCCCUCCGUCAUUCUCGAUCUCGUAUUAAUGCUUAUCGUGCCCUAGCAUCACCGAGUUUAAUAUCGUUAUCCUCCAAAGAUCCUAUAUUAACAGCGUUCGAAUUAUCAUGGGAAUUACGCAGACUCAGUUUCCUCGAACACGAAUUUAAAUGUGAAUAUCAAGAACUUCGUAAACAAUGUCAAGAGUUUGCAACAGCCUUAUUGGAUCAUACAAGAAGUUCACAUGAAUUAGAAGUAUUAUUAAAUCAUGAUCCAACAGGACCAGCGUUUGAGCAUGGUGAAAGAAUGCAUUUAAAUCGGCUUAAACUUGCGAUUAAGUUACGACAGAAAAAAUUUGUUGCACACCCUAAUGUACAGCAAUUAUUAGCAUCGAUUUGGUAUGAAGGUUUACCAGGUUUCAGACGAAAAAACAUGGUACUACAGGCAGCUGAAAUAAUUCGUAUUGGAUGUUUAUUUCCAUUUUUUAGUAUCGCAUAUAUAAUAGCACCACAUUCAGGAAUUGGACAAACAAUGCGAAAACCGUUUAUUAAAUUCAUCUGCCAUUCAGCAUCCUAUUUUACGUUCCUUUUUAUGUUAAUACUCGCGUCACAACGUAUCGAAUCUGUGAUUUUUAAUUUAUUUAAUUUAUGGAGUGACACUCAAAGUGAAUAUCAACAGUCUGAUCCACGCCGGGGAGCACCGCCUUCAUUAGUGGAAUGGAUGAUUCUAGCAUGGGUCAGUGGAUUGAUUUGGAGUGAAGUUAAACAAUUAUGGGAUGUAGGUUUAGAAGAUUAUGUAAAUGACAUGUGGAAUGUCAUAGACUUUGUUACAAAUUCCUUAUAUGUUGCAACGAUAGCAUUACGUGGAGUCACUUAUUAUCAAGCACAAAACGAACGUUACGCCGAAUUACCACGUGAGCAUUUAGAUGCAUGGGAUCCAAUGUUAAUAUCAGAAGGUUUAUUUUCUGCUGCAAAUAUAUUUAGCUCUUUAAAACUCGUAUAUAUAUUUUCGGUAAAUCCACAUUUGGGACCGUUACAAGUAUCAUUAAGUCGUAUGGUCAUGGAUAUUAUGAAAUUUUUCUUUUUAUACGUACUCGUUUUAUUUGCAUUUUCUUGUGGUCUUAAUCAACUACUAUGGUAUUAUGCUGAAGAAACAUUAGAGAAGAAACAAUGUAACAAUACUGGAGUACAAAAUUCCGCUAGAGAUGCAAGUGCCUGUUUUGUUUGGAGACGGUUUUCAAAUUUAUUUGAAACAAUACAAACAUUAUUCUGGGCGGUAUUUGGUUUAGUGGAUUUGGAUAGUUUUGAAUUGGAUGGUAUAUUAAGUUUUACAAGAUUUUGGGGCAUGUUAAUGUUUGGAACAUAUUCUGUCAUUAAUAUUGUCGUUCUACUAAAUCUACUGAUUGCAAUGAUGAAUCAUUCAUAUCAACUGAUAUCGGAACGAGCAGAUAUUGAAUGGAAAUUCGCAAGAAGUAAACUUUGGAUCAGUUUUUUCGAAGAAGGUGGUACAGUUCCGCCACCAUUUAAUAUAAUUCCAACUCCAAAGAGUAUAUAUUAUGUACUCCAAUGGUUAAGAAGGAAAAUGUGUGGACAUUCAAAGGCAGCCAGGACUGAACAUAUGCGCACAAUUCGAAGGAAAGUUAAACAGGCUAGCGAACGUGAUUUUCGAUAUCAGAGUAUAAUGCGAAAUUUGGUACGAAGAUACGUAACAGUUGAACAACGUAAAGCAGAAAGCCAAGGUGUAACAGAAGAUGAUGUUAAUGAAAUUAAACAAGAUAUUAGUGCAUUCCGAUGUGAAUUAAUUGAAAUAUUGAAGAAUAGUGGAAUGAACACAUCAACAGCAUCCGGAAUGGGAUCAGGAUCUGGUGGAAAGAAAAAUCGACAAAAAGAACGACGCCUAAUGAAGGGAUUCAAUAUAGCUCCUACACCGCCGACAUCAGCAACAUUGCCACCGGUUGCCGAAUUUAUUGCCUCAUUGCAACAACAUCAUGGUGACGCGAAUCAUCAUAAUGAUUUGUUUGGUUCAACAUUAUCAAAUAUUUUUGGAAAUCAUCCAAGUUCAACACCCAAAAAAUUACCACAUCAAUCACAUAGUGUUUCAAUGUCACAAAAUAGUAUUUGUGAAGGUCAGAAUUUCCAUCAUUCAAGCAGUGCUAGAAGCCGCUUCCAUUCAAAACGCACAUCAUCCCAUAAACGACGGUGGGGUACACUUAUCGAAGCAGCAAAAUCUGGUCGCGUAUCACGUUUUAUUGGCCGAUCACGAUCUGAAGACUCUGUAUGUAAUUCACAUUGUCAGGAUGGACAUAAUCAUAGUCAUAGUAAUAGUCCAGGAUCGGAUGAAAAUGGUACAGAAAGUCCGAGUGAUUCGAAUCCUAGUUUAGAUACCCCAGAUGAACAUACAACAUCGUCCGCAACUAACCAUUCACAAAAACAUUCUUCUUCCCAUCAUCAUCAUCAUGGCCUAGAGCAUGCCAUAGCUGCUGUAAUGACAAAGGGCACCAAGAAAGUAUUAAAACGUGCAAGUAGUGUACCAACACGUGUAACAGAAGUUGUGCAAAUGGUGAUCUCACAAAAACAUGAACAAACACAAUCGCAACAGCAGAGUGUUGAGAUACCAGGUGGCGGUGAUCGACCAACAAUUGAUAUCAACCCACCGUCAUCUUCAUCACUGCAUCACCAUCAUCAUCACCAUCACCAAGGCCAUCAACAAACUUUAACACCAUCUACAACCGAGGAAAGUGUUGCCACAACAAGCACACAACAUCAGGGAGCGACUUCAUCUCGAGAGCCACUGUUGACAUCAUCCAGCACAACAACGGGCACUGGAUCUGCACAAACUCCCGACGAUGAUGAUGAUAAUAAUGUAUACAAUAAACCACCUCCAUUUGAUAUGCUACCAAAAUUACCUGGUGUAAUACCUGUUAGUGGUCAUAAUAUUUCAACUGGAUGGUUAUAG